AAUGAUACACAUCACAACCCAAUUCUUUCUCAGCUGUUUUCAUUCACUUGAGACAUAACUGACUGCGUUUACCUAAAUGAUUGUCGAGAUGAGAUAAUUUUAUGUGUAUGUGUCUGUUCAGAGGAUUCAGAAGAGGAUUCAGUUUGGUGUUCAAAAGAUCAAAAGACUCAUGCGGAAGUUUUACCAUGUUCAAAUGCUUGAAUCUUCUUCUGCUGCUGCUGUUUUGUUUUGUCUAUCAAAGGGAAAUCCUGUCUGCAGGAAACCCCCUUAUAUCUGUGUCGGGAAAAAAGAGAGGCAGCGUCACACUGACAUGUGAACAUGAGACCAAUAAUAUUGUUCAGAUUAAGUUAAUCACUCGGUCAAGAGACAUAGAUGUGUGUCAGACUGAAGAAUGUAGUGGACGAGUGUUUAAAGAAGGAAACUGUGACGUCGUCAUCAAGAAUCUGAGCUUCAGUGACGCUGGGAAAUACUUUUUGCAUCUCUAUUACAAUAAUGAUCAGACAGAGCUGGAGCGACAAAUCAGGACGUACCAACUUCAUAUUCAUGAUGAGAUUUCUGUGAAAACAGGCGAGGAGCUAAAGAUGUCUGUUCUGUUGUCUAAUGCUGAUAAAGUGAAGACAAAAUCUAGUGGAGAGUGGAAGGAGGUUUGGAAGAGAGGCCACGGGGUCUGGAGUGACCGAAUGAUUGAUGAUAAUGAUGGGAACCUGAUCAUUAAAGCAUUUCUGGACAGUGAUGCAGGAACAUACAGAGUUCUGGACUCUGAAGGAGAAAUCUUGAUCACAGUCACAAUCACAGCGGAAGAAAACACAGUUCUCCACCAUUCUGCUCGACAGCAUUGGAGCUGGGUAGAAAAACUUCUUUUUGGUUUUGUGACUUCUGUAUUUUUUGCGUAUAUAGUGAUUAUAGCAGUUGAAUUUUUGCUUGUGUUUGCUGGGAUAAUCUGAUGUAAAGUACACUUGCUGUUUUAUUGCAUUUAUUAAGAAUAUAUUUGCUAUAAGUUAGACUGCAACAUAUAAUAAUUGCUGUUCAUAGUAUUCAUCGUCUGUUCUAUUAUGUCUUUAAUUAAUUUUUUCGUACAUUUCUGCCAUGUGUACACUAACUUACAAUCACCAAUGAUAAGCUACUACUAAAUAGAAACUUAAUUUUCUGUAAAGUUGCUUUGCAACGAUUUAUAUUUAUAUUAUGUGAAAAGUGCUAUACAAAUAAACUUGACUUGACUUGAAUAUAUUUAUAGAACAGAGAGAGAAGAAACAUAUAUUAGUAAGAGCUUUGAAAAGAAGAAGAAAGGGUGAAAAGGUGAUAUUACCAUCAGAUGUUGUAUCACAGAUAAAGUACAUGAGGCAGCAAAGAUAAAGAUUCUGAAGAAGAAAAACGAAGAGGCGAAGGGUCUUAGACAGAUUCUGUGGAGAUUACAUGACAUCUGAAGAAAUCUGAAUCACAAGCUGUUCAUAAAUGACUGAAAUGCAAUGAUGCUGAUUCUUUGGCGGUGCUAUAUGCUUUGCUAUUUGAUACCUCUGACAAACAAAGCUUGUAAACUAUUUGCUUUGGUUUCAUUCUAGUAUUUUGUUUGUGAAGUAGUCAAUAAAAAUAUAUGCAAUUAAAACCAA